UUCUGUGUCCUUGAACCUGGAACAGGACUGUGACCACCAACACCACAUGUCAGUUCUUAUGAACUCAGAUUCCUGUUGGCCACUUCAGUCGCCCAGUUCCGUAUCUCUGCAGCAUUCAUCUGUCUUCUUCUCCACACUUGGCCCCCAGACACUGAGUUCAGGGAAAGCAAGUCAGAGGAGGCAGAAGGCAAGAGGAAAGCUCAUUAGAUUUGAUUCCGGCCCUGCUGUCCAGGGCCUUCCUGCCCGCGGGACUGAGAGUUAGCCACUCAUUUUCUUCUGGGAUGAGGAGUGGGUGCAGUUAAGGAAGCACCUUCAGGAUGUUAUCAGAACUCACUUUAUGGCUCUUUCACACCCCCUCCCAUCCGUUCGCUAUUUUGUCGUGCAAACUGUUAAGUCUGGAAGUGACCACUCUUGCCAAGGUUUUUGCUCUAGAAAGAGUGGCAUCCAGUAACCCCAACUCCUUGGGACCCUCACCCUCCUCAACACGGAGCCCUGAACCAGGGUCUCCUAGCGGACCCCGCAGCCCUUGAAGGCGGCGCCUGCAUCUUCCCGGCAUCGCCGGGCUGGCGGGGGACCCGGCGGAGGCGGCGCCUGCGCAGUGCGGCCGCGGGGCGGUCGUUGUCCCCGCGCCGCCAACCCGGUGGCGAGCGCCAUGGCGGAGGAGGUGAGCAUCCUGAUGAAGGCCACGGUCCUGAUGCGGCAGCCCGGGCGGGUGCAGGAGAUCGUGGGCGCCCUCCGCAGGGGCGGGGGAGACCGCUUACAGGUCAUUUCUGAUUUUGACAUGACCUUGAGCAGGUUCGCAUACAAUGGAAAGCGAUGCCCUUCUUCUCACAAUAUUCUGGAUGACAGCAAGAUCAUCAGCGAGGAGUGCCGGAAAGAGCUCAAAAUGCUCCUUCACCACUAUUACCCGAUUGAGAUUGACCCACACCGGACCAUCAAAGAGAAGUUGCCUCAUAUGGUGGAAUGGUGGACCAAGGCGCACAACCUCCUGUGUCAGCAGAAGAUUCGGAAGUCUCAGAUAGCGCAGGUGGUCAGGGAGUCCAACGCGAUGCUGAGGGAGGGGUACAAGACGUUCUUCAACACCCUCUACCAGAACAACGUCCCCCUUUUCAUCUUUUCCGCGGGCAUUGGUGACAUCCUGGAGGAAAUUAUCCAACAGAUGAAAGUGUUCCACCCUAACAUCCAUAUUGUGUCCAACUACAUGGAUUUUGAUGAAGAUGGCUUCCUCCAGGGGUUCAAGGGCCAGCUCAUACACACGUACAACAAGAACAGCUCCGUGUGCGAGAACUCCGGUUACUUCCAGCAGCUUCAGGGCAAAACCAACAUCCUCCUGCUGGGAGACUCCAUGGGAGACCUCACUAUGGCCGAUGGGGUUCCUGGGGUGGAGAACAUUCUCAAGAUUGGCUUCCUAAAUGACAAGGUGGAGGAGCGGCGGGAGCGCUACAUGGACUCCUAUGACAUCGUGCUGGAGAAGGAUGAGACGCUGGACGUGGUCAACGGUCUGCUGCAGCACAUCCUGCACCAGAGGGACUGGAUGGAGAUGCAGGGCUCCUGAGCGCACGGGGGCGGGGCUGGGCCCUGCAGGCCCUGACGAGGAGGGGGCCUCGCAGGGGCCGCUCUGCUGGGAGCACUGCUCUUCUCUGUGUGUGCAGAGGAAAGUCCAGGGCGCCCGAGCUGCUGGGCCCUCGCCCUCCCUCCUCCUUUCCCCAGCACCUUCCGUUGGUGUCCUCCAAGGCUCGAGGGCAGCCCUGCCUGGGGGGAGGGCAGCCAGAGCCGUUCCAGCUGAACUGUGGACCUGCAGGGUGUUGGCACUCAAGGGGUCAUUUGGUCCAGGAUUCUUUUUGCAAAAUUUUUAAACAUGGGAAGCUGUCCUUCAAACCGAUCUAAUGUGCAAAACAGAUCACAAUAAAGAAGGAACAAACAGCU